UGCUACCCACCCGGAAGCUCUGCGCACCCGGAAGGAAGGAGGCCGCUGGAGCCGGGGCUAUGAGCGGCGGGGGCUCCCUGCGCGUCUACCCGGCGCUGCCCGUGUGGGUGGUGGAGGAGCACCAGGACGUGCUGCCUUUCAUCUAUCGUGCUAUUGGUUCAAAGCACCUUCCUGCCAGUAAUAUCACCUUUGUUCAUCUUGAUUCUCAUCCAGACCUCCUUAUUCCUGUGAAUAUGCCUGCAGACACUGUAUUUGACAAAGAAACUCUUUUUAGUGAAUUAAGUAUUGAGAACUGGAUCAUGCCUGCUGUUUAUGCUGGCCAUAUUUCUCAAGUAGUAUGGCUUCACCCACCCUGGGCUCAGCAGAUCUCAGAAGGAAAACACCAUUUUUUAAUUGGGAAAGACACAUCAACAACUACAAUCAGGGUUACAGGUACAGAUAAUUACUUUUUAAGUGAUGGUCUUUAUGUCCCUGCUGAUCAGCUAGAAAACCAGAAGCCUUUAAAUUUAAACGUCAUUCUCAUCAGUCCUACUGAAGCAUCAAACAGCCAAGAAGAAAAUGGCAAAGUAACAUCUGCUAAGAGACUGAAGCUAAAUACCGAUGACACAGCAAGCACCGCCUCUGCCUCUUCAUCAGGUGCUUCUGGUGACCUUGAUCACAGCACUUCAUGUCUGAAAAAAAAAGAACUACAAAAUGCAAGUGCCCCAAAAAAGACAGAAGCAUUGUCAGAGUGCUCAGCUUCAAGCUCUAUCAGAAACAGUGAAUGCCCAAUAAGGGAAAUUGUUAAAGAUGUCUGCCAAGUACUGCAGAAAGGGGAUGCGUAUAUUUUAGACAUUGACUUAGAUUUUUUUUCAGUUAAAAAUCCAUUCAAAGAAAUGUACACACAGACAGAAUAUGAGCUUUUGCAAGAGUUGUACAAUUUCAAGAAGCCUCAUAGCAAUGCAACAGAGGAGGGCUUGCUGGAUUGUGUGGAAAACCGUGUUCAUCAGCUAGAAGAUCUUGAAGCAGCAUUUGCAGAUUUAUGUGACAACGAUGACGAAGAGACCCUACAGAAGUGGGCUUCGUAUCCUGGAAUGAAGCCACUUGUUCAGCUAGUUCACAGUUUGAAAACCAGGAUGGAAAGCCCAGACUACGAAAUGGUCCAUCAGGCUGGCCUGACCUGUGAUUAUAUGGAGCUCCCCCACCAUGUUAGCUCUGAAGAGGAGAUUGAAGGCCUCAUACAAUCUAUUAAAAUUCUGCUAGAAGAUAUGCCUAAGCCCACACUCGUGACAGUUGCUCGAUCAAGUUUGGAUGACUAUUGCCCUUCAGAGCAGGUUGACACCAUUCAAGAAAGGGUCCUCAAAUUACUAGGCUCAGUAUAUGGCACUCUGGAUGUGCACUUAGAUUACUCAAGCACUUCAUCUUCUUUGUGAACUUUUGCAUAUAUUGCCCUCUAUUGCAGUGGAUUAAUUUAAAUUGCAUAAUAGCUAUCAUUUCAAGGGGAAGAAUACUGUUGUUUCAGCAGGUGGCACUAGAACCCAAGCUGAUCAAGAGCUCCUUUUGAGUUGUAUUGCUUUCUACACAUCAGCUGCACCUGAACUAUUACCUGUUCAGAUUACUUCAGUGACUAUUAUUUUACUGUCUUGCUUCUUCUUAAAAUUGGUGCAAGAGUAACUAGUAUUCUGUCCAUAAAAUGUUUUUUUCACCUGAUUUCUUCAAGUGUCUGAAAAAUAAAUUAUAUAUAUAACUUCGUAAAAUAAAUAGGUUUAUUUUAGGCAAUUAAACUUUUUUUUGAACAUACAGGUUCCUGAGUUGCAUUGUGCCUUUUUUAAAAAGAAAUCUUAAUAAUGACAGUAAGACAUUAGAUUUGAUAGAUGGUUAGCUGCUGUGCUUGAGACCGGGCAUACCCCUCUAAUUUCUCUAGAGCAGCUCGUGGUUUUUGCUCAAUCCACAAAAUAUCAUUUAUACUUAUAGUCCGUUGCAUUAAUAUUGUUUUAUUUUGCCUCAGAGUAUUUAAUUGCUGAGUCAUAGUAUCCCUAAUGUACAAACACUGGCUUAGCGUAUUAAAUUCUACAUCUUUUUAAGGAUAAAACUUCUGUGUGCAUGUGCAUGCUUGUAUCUGGAGAAUCCUGUAAGGAGUUGACUUGAUGACUUCUUCAGGAACAAAGAUUUAACUUCACUCAAGUCAGCAGCAAAAGCUUCAGACCAGGUUUUCACUCAUUUCAGUAUUGCUGUUUGGAAAACAGCAGUUUUAGAACCAUUUAAUUUAGAAAGCAAUCUAGUUCUAGGGGAAACUGUCACUUCCAGAAGAGAAAAACAACUACUUACAGGACUUACUUGGGGAUUACUCUGAAAUG